CCAACUAGUCUCAAACCCCAAAUCGCCACACGCGAAGCGCGCUCGGGAGGAGAACCAGCAUCUGACAGCCACUGGUGGGCUUCGUCACAUCGGACGAGUCCGGUGCUUUUCAGAGAAGGAGCGUGAAGUAAGAAGAGCUGCAGAGGAGAGAGAAAAAAGAAAAAAGACGAAAGAACGAGCAUUGGAUGGGAUCUCGAGGAUAAAGAACAGAAGCGUGAGAAGAGUUAGUUUUCACGCUCGGUACUGGUGCGAGGCUGAAAGGAGAUGUGCGCCUUAACAUGGAUAUCCGAGGAGGGAUAAAACUCGACAAACACCACCUACUCGAACUGAGGCGGGGAACAAGUGUAAGUGCUCGAAAGGACAAAGAAAGAAUAUCAUACAUUUAGGAUUGGAUUUAAGAUCGCAUCGACCUGAGACCAUCAAAAUGGAGUUGCUGUGGAAACUGGCACUGCUGCUGUCAUUGCUGGACUGCCUGGCAGGUAACAGACUUUUGCUUAGGCCUGUGUUUACCAAACAACCCGGCAGUGUGGUGUUUCCCCUUCAGCCUGGAGAGAAUCAGAGAGAAGUGGUGUUUAGCUGCGAGGCCCAGGGCCAUCCCCCGCCCUCAUACAGGUGGAGGCUUAAUGACUCUUUCAUCGUGCCAACAUCGGGGUCACGAUAUUCCCUUACGGGAGGAAAUUUACACAUUAACCAUCUGAGUAAAGCAGACGAUUCUGGCAUAUUUCAGUGUCUGGCAUCAAACUCAUUUGGCACGAUCGUCAGCAGAGAGGCCAGUCUUCACAUUGCCUACUUGGAGAAUUUCAAGACUCAAAAAAGAAAUCCAGUGAGAGUUCGUGAAGGCCAAGGAGUGGUCUUGCUGUGUGGCACACCACUCCACUCUGGAGAGCUUACCUUCACAUGGAUCUUCAACGAGUACCCAUCGUUUGUCAUCCAGGACACGCGGCGAUUCGUGUCCCAGAAAACAGGCAACCUCUACAUUGCCAAAGUCGAACCCUCGGACGUGGGCAACUACACUUGUGUAGUCACCAACACAGUCACCAAAAGCAGUGUUCAAGGACCACCCACACCCCUCGUGCUUCGAGUAGACGGUGUAAUGGGUGAAUAUGAGCCAAAGAUUGAGGUGCAGUUCCCUGAAGUUGUCCCAGUCGCCAAGAGCUCAACUGUUAAGCUGGAAUGUUUUGCGCUUGGAAACCCAGUGCCAACCAUCAGUUGGAGGAGAGUCGAUGGAGUCUCUUCGGGAAGAAAAGUGGACAUCAAUAAAGCCAACGGAGUGUUAGAGAUCCCUUACUUUCAACAGGAGGAUGCAGGGAUGUAUGAAUGUUUGGCUGAAAACAGCAGAGGCAGGAACUCUGUAAAAGGAAAACUGUCCUUCUAUGCUGCUCCUCAUUUGACUGAGAAGCCCCCAGAUGCUCAGAAGACUAUUGAUGAAACUCUGGUGUGGGAGUGCAAAGCCAGUGCCAAGCCUAAACCCUCAUACCGCUGGCUGAAGAAUGGAGAGCCUCUGGACAUGAUCGAGCAGGACCGGAUUCAGGUGAAUAAUGGAGUGUUGACUAUCAGCAGCUUGAGUCUGGCUGACAUUGGCACGUACCAGUGUGUGGCUGAGAACAAGCAUGGAAGAGUAUUCACCAAUGCUGAGCUUCGAGUCAUAGCCAUCGCUCCAGACUUCUCACAGGAUUUGUUGAAGGCCCAAACUCUGGCGCGACAGAGUGGUGAUGUCCUGAUCGAAUGCAAGCCCAAGAUGUCUCCUUGGGGUGUGAUUUCGUGGAGGAAAGGAAAAGAAGCCUUGAGAGACAACCACAGAGUUACUGUGCUGGAUAAUGGAAGUCUUCGCAUAUCCAAUGUCUCUAAAAUGGAUGCCGGUCUGUACACGUGCGUAGCCAGAAACCAGUUUGGCGUAGCAAGCAGCGCCGGUAGCCUUUUGGUUAAAGAGCCAACUGUGAUCACAAGCCCGGCCGGUCAUCUAGAUGUGACGGUGGGGGAAAGCAUUGUGCUGCCAUGCCAGGUUUAUCAUGACCCCUCGCUGGAUCUCAAGUUCACAUGGUUCUUCAAUGAGCAGCUCAUCCACUUUGGCAGCGCCGGAGCUUAUUUUGAAAGAGUUGGUGGGCGCUCGGCCGGGGACAUAAUGAUCCGCAAUAUUCAGCUCAGGCAUGCUGGGAAAUACACAUGUGCAGUUCAGACCAAGGUGGACAGUGUCUCUAUUGCCACUGAUAUGGUGGUCAGAGGUCCUCCAGGGCCCCCUGUGGACUGUCAAGUGACUGAGGUGACAGAGACCACGGCACUCUUGACCUGGGGAUCUGGGAUGGACAACCACAGCCCCAUUCUCAGCUAUACCAUCCAGGCCAGGUCACUUUUUUCGCUCGGGUGGCAAGCCGUUUCCACUGUUCCUGAGCUGUUCGGGGGAAAGCAGUUGUCAGCCACUGUCAUCGACUUGAAUCCCUGGGUGGAGUACGAGUUCAGAGUACUGGCAACCAACAGCAUCGGAACAGGAGAGCCCAGCAAAGCCUCUAGAAAGGCCCGCACCAAGGACACGCUUCCCAGGGUGACUCCGGCUAGAGUGAAUGGUGGUGGAGGGGGACGUUCAGAACUGGUCAUCACUUGGGAGCCUGUUCCAGAGGAGCUGCAGAGCGGCCCCGGGUUUGGCUAUGUGGUGGCUUUCCGCCCACUGGGUGCACAGGGCUGGAUGCAGGCUGCUGUCACAUCUCCUGACGCCUCCAGAUAUGUCUUCAAGAAUGAGAGCAUUCCCCCUUAUUCAUCUUAUCAAAUCAAAGUCGGGGUUUACAACAACAACGGAGAAGGGCCUUUUAGUCCUGUGGCAACCAUCUACUCAGCGGAGGAAGAGCCCAGCAGAGCACCAGGGAGGCUCAGGGCGAAGAGCAUCUCAGCAUCUGUGGUGGAGGUCACCUGGAAGCCUCUGGCCUGGAGCAACAAUCGCAGACGCAUCCUGGGCUAUGAGUUGCAGUACUGGGGGGUAAAGGCGAAGCAGGAGGCGGCCAGUGUGAUUAGGACGGUGGGGAAUAAGACAUCAGUGCACAUCAGAGAUCUGGAGGGCAGCUGUACCUAUUUGAUAGCUCUGCGGGCUUAUAACAGCGCUGGAGUGGGUCCACAGAGCAGCAUUGUCAAUGUCACCACCAAGAAGCCUCCACCCAGUCAGGCUCCCGUCAAAAUCAUGUGGAACACUUCCAACUCCAAGGUCAUACUGCACUGGGACCAAGUACACGCUCUGGACAAUGAGUCUGAAGUUACGGGUUAUAAGGUGAUGUACAGCCAGGAUAGACACAGCCGUCCCAGCGUGGUGGAGACCAACACCACAUCCUUAGAGUUGUCGCUGCCCGUCAACGAGGACUACGUCAUCCAGAUUAAACCUUUCAGCGAAGGUGGGGAGGGCAUCAGCAGUCGGCAGAUUACAAUCCCCAAGAUAGCAGACUCCAUCGCCACGGGAGCUGCCUCGGUGUCUUCAUCACUUCCUGUGGCCUACCUUGCUGCUGUCAUCCUCACAGCCAGGAUCGAGCUAUGACCAAUUCAACAUUGCAGCCUAACAUCAAGACAAUGAGCAGGUGUGAGACGUGAGGCCUGGGAGCCUUGUCUUCACUUUCACCUGCUUCCCACCUGACUGUGACUUGCGAAGAAUGCGCUUCAUCCUUUUUUAAGGAGUUAUUUAAAGGAACUGGCCCUUUAAGGAGGCGUUGAUGUGACAUGAAUUGACCUGCAGCUUUUCUGGAUGCUUUUUUUGUUUGUUUCUUCUUUCCUCACUUCUAAUAUAUGGAUAGUGUCAUGUAUUAGAGGUUGUGUACCCAUGAUGGACUUUUCCUGGAUUUUCUUUCUGUCCUAUGGAGACUAGCAGAACUUUCAGAGGAAAAAUCCAAACAAGUGACAUUCUAGUUCAGAGUGGUUGAUUGAUAAAAAUCAUCUUGCCUCCAUUUAGACUGUGUUUUGGAACACAAAACAAAAAAAAAAAGAAUACUGCUGAUUCCGGGCGAAACAAGGUACCCGAUUGCCCUUUGACAAACUCCAGUUUGAGACGUCUGUGACUUUACCUGCGUCUUACUGAUGCUUUUUUUAUUUUCAGGCUGCAUCCCAUCAGGCGUAAAACAGACUGGAACCAAAGUUGUGAUUCAUAGAUUUGACAAGGCCAAACCUGCUGAUGGUGCGAGCACUGGUGAAUCGAUGUCUUACCUUCCUCCUCCAUAUUCCCUUCUCACCAAGUGCAUAAUGAUGGCACGCUGAGAGUUGUACAUUCAAUGUAUGGAAUCCUCAGGUCCCAAUUGAGCCUUAAGUCUUCUAAUUAGGAUCCAUGUUGUUGUUGUUGUUGUUGUUGUUGUUGGUAUUCAACAGUUGCAUUCAUUUAUGUUCCUAAUUUGUUUCUCCAUGUUGUAUUGUGUGUUCUAUGUACUUUGGGGCAAUGUGGGCUCAUACAACACCGUCUUUCAUCAUGAGAGACAGACCCUUCUGGCUUACUGAGUAUGGGUUAUUUGUAAUUGGCUGUUAUCAGAUUGAGGUUGACAAAUUUGCCGGAUGUUCAGAUGGUUAAACAAGCUUUUAAUAAACAUGAUGCCAUUUUCCUC